AUGAAAGAGGUGGAAGAAAUUGUUGCUAUUGCCUCUACAAGCAUAUUCGUAUCGGCAACGGUACUGAACAUCAUCUUCAUCUAUAUGAUUAGAAAUGGAACAAGGAGCGCUGUCGGCCAAGCCUACAAACAUAUCUUGAUUUCUUUUGCAAUAUGUAAUAUCAUUUUUGCAUCUAUGGAAUUCAGUGCAAAACCAGGCGUCUUCAUUUACGGUACUUCUCUGAUGACGUUCAGCUGCGGAUUUUUCCAUUCAAUGAAGCCAUGGGGUUUCAUUUCGCUCUGUAUUUUUAUGACAAUGUAUGGCGUCAACACGGCUCUUUUGACCCUUCAUUUCGUAUACCGAUACGUUGCCUUAUGCAGGCAUAAGUUACUGCAUAUCUUCGAAGAUAGUGCUUCUGUAUCUGCCGUUACCUUAUCGGUACUUUCAUGGGGUUUCGUCUAUGGUUUUAUAACGUUCUACUGUUUUGCCGCUACCGACGAUUAUUAUGAUUAUGCUAAUUCAUCGAUCUAUGCAAAGUUUGGAGUGGAAGCUCACAGUCUGUCCUUCUUCUGCAUCUUUACCCAUAAAGUGGUUGAAGGCAUUACGACUAUCUACUGGCUAUCAACUCUAGGUCUGAGCUUAAUUAUUGUGAUGAUGGUAAUCACUUUUGGCCUUAUGUUGUUCUGUGGUGUCGAAAUGUAUCGAACACUGAAGAAAAGUUCCAUGAGUCAAAAGUCGAAAGCGCUGCAGACUCAGCUGCUAAAAGCUUUGGCAGUGCAGGCUGCUGUACCAUUUUUUACAUCAUAUGUUUCCCGAGUUCUCAUGUAUGCCACUGUUAUCAUGGGGAUGCCGCCACUGCAGUGA